AUGGCCAUGAAGAGGAUGAAAGGUCUCGAGUCAAAGCUGGCAAAGGACCCCGAGUUAUGCAAUAAUGUACACCAGCAGAUUCGCGAGUAUGUCGAAAAUAAUUACGCACAUAAGGCGACAGAAGCGGAAUUAAUAUCAGCAGAUCCCAGUCGAGUUUGGUAUUUACCACUGAACGUGGUAACCCACCCAAGGAAACCGGAUAAAAAGCGACUGGUGUGGGAUGCAGCAGCGCAAGUCAAUGGCGUUUCGCUGAAUUCUCAGCUGUUAAAAGGACCAGAUCUACUAGUUCUGUUACCAGGUGUAAUCUGCAAGUUCCGCGAAAGACGGAUCGCAUUCGGAGGAGAUAUAGAAAAGAUGUUCCACCAGAUUCGCAUCAAACCAGAAGACACUCAUUCGCAGCGAUUCCUGUUUCGUUUCAAUGUGAAUCAUCCACCCGACGUGUACGUGAUGGAUGUGGCGACGUUUGGUGCUACGUGCUCGCCAUGCUCGGCACAGUAUGUGUUGCAUCGAAAUGCGGAUGAACAUGCAGCAGAGUUUCCGGAAGCAGCGGCAGCAAUCAAGGAGAAAACAUACAUGGACGACUACUUUGACAGCGCCGACACAUCAGAUCAAGCGGCAGAACGCGCAAGGCAGGUGAAACUGAUUCAUUCGCGAGCUGGGUUCAACAUGCGAAACUGGGUUAGUAAUAGCGUUGAAGUAUUGCGUAGUUUGGGCGAGUCACCCGAGCAAGGGUUGCUCUCCAUCGAUUGUAGCAAAGAAGAAAAACAACAUCGCGUGCUCGGCAUUGCGUGGGACUCAAAGAAGGACGUCUUCAUAUUCUCGACAAGCUGGCACACUGACCUGGCGCCAUAUAUAUUCGAUAAUGCCCGGCCAUCCAAACGAAUUGCACUGCGUAUCAUAAUGAGCCUUUUCGACCCGAUAGGGCUGCUCGCGCCGUUUUUGAUUCAUGGCCGCAUGCUAAUCCAAGAUCUCUGGCGUGCGGGUCUUGAUUGGGACGAUGAAGUAGGCGACAAAGAACUGGAAAAGUGGCGUCGCUGGAUUAAGCUUCUAACGGGUAUUGGUCGCUUGAAGGUCCCUCGAUGCUACUUCGGAAACAUUCAUUCUGGAGAGUAUCAGUCGCUGCAGCUACACGUCUUCACCGAUGCUAGCGAGUUGGGUUACGGAUGUGCCGCUUACUUCCGAAUAGUGAUCAAUGGCGAAGUGCAAUGUGCUUUGGUGAUGGCGAAAAGCAAGGUGGCGCCUUUAAAAUACCAAUCGAUCCCACGGAUGGAGCUGCAAGCUGCACUGUUAGGAGCAAGAAUGAUGCGCACCGUCAGUGAGAACCAUACGUUGCCGAUUUCCAAAAAGUUCAUACAUACCGAUGCAGAAGUUGUGUUGGCCUGGAUACGAUCACAGCACCGCAAUUUCAAACAGUUCGUCGCAUACAGAGUUGGUGAGAUCCUUUCUCUGACUGAACCCGAAAACUGGCGGUAUGUGCCGUCGAAGGAUAAUUUAGCAGAUUGCUUAACGAAGUGGUGCAAAGAUACGGAGCCUGAUUCCAGCGCGAGGUGGUUCAAAGGACCAUUAUUUUUGUACCUUCCUGAAGAACACUGGCCCAAGCAAAAGAAAAUCGCGGAGACUGCCGAAGAAUUGAGAGCACACAUACUUCUGCAUCAAUUUGCCGUUCCCGAAAAGAUAAUAGAUGUUGAGCGAUUUUCGAAGUGGAAUGUCCUCCUUCGAACCAUAGCUUUCGUAAAUCGUUUUAUCUCGAAUUGUCGGCGAAGAAUCAGUGGAUCUCCAAUCGAAACAAUUAACGCCACCAAGUCGCAGCAAAAACUCAUACUGCGAUACCUACCAGCAAUUAUGACACCCCUGCGCCAGCUCGAAUACCAGCAAGCCGAACGGUAUUUGUUGCGAGUGGCACAGAACGACAGUUACCCAGACGAAACCAAAAUCCUAAUAAGUAACCGAGAUGAGUUACAGCCAAAGAAAUGGUUGAAAAUUGAAAAAGCCAGCCCGCUGUACAGGCUGUCACCGUUUGCCGACGAGUACGGCGUCAUCAGGGUUGAAGGCCGAACGGUGAAUGCCAGCUUUGCAACGUUCGAUGCCAGGUUUCCUGUGAUAUUGCCGAAAGAUCACGUGAUUACGAAAUUACUGCUUAACGGUUAUCAUCGCCGGUAUGGACAUGCAAAUCGAGAGACAGUCGUCAAUGAAGUUCGUCAACGAUCCCACGUCUUCAACUUACGAUCUACAGUGGACAAAAUAAUGAAAAAUUGUCAGCGCUGUAAAAUAGCAAAAUGUCUCCCGCAGAACCCACGAAUGGCUCCAUUGCCGGAAGCGCGUCUAACGCCGUUUGUUAAGCCUUUUAGCUAUGUGGGGGUCGAUUACUUGGGACCAUUGGAAGUGGUGGUUGGCCGUCGUAAAGAAAAGCGAUAUGUAGUUGUCUUCACAUGCUUGGUUGUUCGUGCUGUUCACCUAGAGGCGGCCCACAAUUUGUCUACGGAUUCGUGCAUCAUGGCCAUCAGAAGAUUCGUUCGCAAGCGAGGGUCACCUGUGGAAAUAUUUUCGGACAAUGGCACUAAUUUUGUUGGCGCUAGUAACGAAUUGAUCAAACAGAUCAAGAACAUAAAUAGUGAGUGUGCCCAAACAUUUACCGAUGCCCGCACGAAGUGGUCGUUCAACCCACCAUCGGCUCCACACAUGGGUGGCGUAUGGGAACGAAUGGUGAGGAGCGUGAAGGAAGCGAUGAGAGCGUUGGACAAUGGGCGAAAGUUGAAUGAUGAGGUACUUUUAACGGUACUAGCUGAAGCAGAAAGUUUCAUCAACUCUCGCCCAUUAACAUACAUGCCUCAGGCAUCUGCAGACGGUGAGGCGCUCACGCCCAAUCACUUCCUCUUGGGAAAUUCGUCCGGAAUGCGAGAUCCCAUGAGAACCCCUAUUGAUCUGGCUGCAGCACUGACGAGCAGCUACCAAAUGUCGCAGUACCUGUCUGACGCAGUUUGGAACCGUUGGCUAAAGGAGUACUUCCCGAAUAUGAACAAACGGUCUAAAUGGUUUGAAGAUAGUAAGCCGGUGAAGGUUGGUGAUUUAGUGUACAUAGCCGAGGGGGAACGUAGAACUUGGGUCCGUGGGCAAGUAGUUGAGGUCAUGAGCGGUACCGAUGGCAGAAUCCGACAGGCGAUCGUACGAACAGCUGGUGGCAAAGAGUUGAAACGGCCAGUUGUGAAGCUAGCAGUUAUGGAGGUCGCUGGUGGAUCCUGCGCGAAUGCCGAUUGGCCCCACCAGGAUCCACGGGGCGGAGGAUGUUCUGGCGGCACUGGCCAUUCAGCGCAGUCGUGA